GGUCAACCAAACACAGCAUCACUCUGACAAGCCAAGAUGAGGGAAAUGGACCCAAAGUUAAAGACCUAUCAGAGGCUGUUUGUCAAGCAACUGGUGUCCCACCUGCUUCACAGAAACUCAUCUUUAAAGGAAAGUCUCUGAAAGAUAUGGAGGAGAGCCUUUCCAGUUACGGAAUCAAAAACGGCUGCAAACUCAUGAUGAUUGGAAAGCGGAACAGCCCAGAGGAAGAAGCUGAACUGAAGAAGCUGAAAGAAAUCGAAAAAUCUGUGGAGCAGACCGCUAAAAAAUUGGAGAACGUAGACGGGGAGUUAACUGGACUAAAGAAUGGCUUCCUGGCCAAAGACCUUCAAGCAGAGGCGUUGAGUAAAUUAGACCACAGAGUAAAAAUAGCAGCUGAGCAAUUCAUGAAGAUCUUGGAGCAGAUAGAUGCUUUGAAUGUCCCAGAAAAUUUUACUGACUGCAGAACAAAAAAAAAGGGACUCGUAAAAACAGUGCAGGAUUUCCUUGCUCAGUGCGACCGGAUCGAGGCUUGUAUAUCAGACCACCUGUCUAAGAUUCAGUCGAAGAACCUGGCUCUGGCAGAAAAAUGAAACCUCUCAUGUUGUUGUGUUUUACUGUAUGUUGCUCUGUGAGCAAUGCCAAAGUGGACAGAGAGCUUCAAGUAAGAAGCAGAUCCUGGUUUAUUUAUUGUGGGUUUGAUGUGUAGGAGAGAAAGGAUUUUGUGAAAAGAAGACACAAAAACAUGUUCCCCUGACUGGAAAACCACUUGUAAUUUGGUCGAUAAUGAAAUUAUGUAGAUCCCAACAACAUAACUACACAUCACAUCAGAGUCCAGUCAAUCAAUAUUAAUCUUAUACCAAGUGUACUGCGUGUGGCCUAAAUUAUGUGGACGCCCCAUCAAUGUGUUACAAAAUCAUUGACACUUGUUUAUGUUAUCAAGUUUGUUUUUGUUUACAAUUUCAGUAGGAUCUACUGGGCUUUGUUCACAUUCUGUAAUAGGAGUGACAGUGUGUUUAUGUUCUUCAUCUACGAGCUGAAAACUUGAUGCAUUGUUCAGGUCCUGUGUGAGAAAAACUGAUCAUCUGCUCAUUUGAUAAUUGUUUUAUGUCAGAUGCUCUUCCUGACACAACCUGGACUCUUUUAAAAUUUCAAGGCAGCAGGAUCUGUGUGAAUAACUGAUUAAACUGAUGAAUUUAUACAAAUCAGGCGAUUUCAAUUCAAAAACAUCUUUUGGAGUUCUUCACUAUCCGUGCCACAGCUUUGAAAGCACAAAGCUGUUUAAUUGGAACAGGCUCAGUCCAUACACUUUUGGCCACAUCCAGUUGAUUAUUUUGUAGUUGCAAGAUAAACUUUGGUCGUAUCUCUCAUAUCUGAUCCUGUUUAAUGAACAGUCUUUUAACCUUUGUGUGACGUAUCCUUCGUUUUGAAAUAAACCUCUGGAAAAACAA